AGCGCAGUUUCACGUGACGGCGCGCGGGAAACUUCCGCGAAAAACUCAGCUGCAGAGACAGCUAGAGAGAACAUGUCUGAGCCACCGUCGGAGGGUGCGUUGAGCAGCAGUUUCGGCGAGCCUAGCAGCCCGCCGCGAAGUCCAAGUUCAAGAGUUGGCGGUGCUAGUAGCCCUGGAGGUGGUGGGGGAGAUCGGGAGCCAUUUCAGGACGAGGUGGAGCAGCUGCUGGGGGACGGAGAUGGAGGAGAGGAAGAGGAGGAGGGGGAGGGGGAGGACUUGUUCGGGGACAAUUUUGAGAGAGAGUAUCAGAGUAUACCUCGACUGGACACGUAUGAUGCUGAGCAUCUGGACGAGGACGAGUACGAUGCAAUGGAUCCCGGGGCCAGGGCUGCCGCUGAGAAAGCCAUGAAAAAGAGAGACAGACAGGAAUCACUGGUGACUGGUCGUAUGAGACCGGGACUCCUGUAUGACGAGAGUGAAGAGGAAGAAGAGACGGGGAUGCCGCUGCCGAGACGAAGAAGAACCGACCAACCAGAUGAAGGCAUGGAGUUUGAAGAGGUCGGUUCACCCUUCACCUUCGUACGGUCCAGAGAUGAUAGAGAACCUGGAGGACCUGAAGGGACACACUGUGAGGGAGUGGGUGUGACGAUGGCCGCCCCGCGAGCCGAGAUCAAGACACGGUUCAAGAGCUUCCUGAGGACCUUUGUCAACGAACAGGGGGUCAACAUCUACCGGGAGAAGAUUCGCCAGAUGUGUGAAGCCAACAAGAAGAGUCUGGUGGUUGACUACAACACGCUGGCCAACGAGCAACAAGUCAUUGCUUUCUUCCUCCCAGAGGCCCCCACUGAGAUGCUCAAGAUCUUUGACGAGGCUGCGAAGGAAGUGGUGCUGCACUAUUACCCAAACUACGACAGAAUUUCUCCGGAGAUACACGUGAGGGUGUCUGAGCUACCGCUAAUGGAGGAGCUGAGGUCUCUUAGACAGCUGCACCUGAACCAGUUAAUCCGGACCUGCGGCGUCGUGACGACCACCACCAACAUCCUCCCCCAGCUGAGCAUGAUCAAGUACGACUGUCUCGGUUGCGGGUUCAUCCUCGGUCCGUUCUACCAGCGACAGGACCAGGAGACUCGGCCGGGGACCUGCCCCGAGUGCCAGGCCAGCGGACCCUUCGAGAUCAACAUGGAACAAACGCUCUACCAGAACUACCAGCGGAUCACCAUACAGGAGAGUCCCAGUAAGGUGGCCGCCGGUCGAUUGCCUCGCUCCAAGGACGCCAUCCUCCUCUCCGACCUCGUCGACAUCUGCAGGCCUGGAGACGAGAUAGAGUUGACCGGAGUUUUCACAAACAGCUACGACGGAUCCCUCAACACUGCCAACGGUUUCCCAGUGUUUGCGACCGUGAUUGAGGCCAACUACGUGAGCAAGAAGGACGACAAGAUGGCGGUGGCAAACCUCACAGACGAGCACAUACGAGCCAUCCAGGGGCUGAGUAAAGAAGAGAGGGUAGGAGAGAGGAUAAUGGCCAGCAUCGCACCCUCCAUCUACGGGCACGAAGGCGUGAAACGAGCUCUGGCUCUCGCUCUCUUUGGAGGAGAAGCCAAGGACCCAGGGCAGAAGCACAAGGUACGAGGGGACGUCAACAUUCUCCUGUGCGGAGACCCCGGGACUGCCAAGUCGCAGUUCCUCAAGUACGUGGAGAAAGUGGCACCUCGUCCCGUGUUCACCACGGGGCAGGGGGCGUCGGCCGUGGGACUGACGGCCUACGUCCAACGGAACCCCGUCACGAAGGAGUGGACGCUGGAGGCUGGAGCUCUCGUCCUGGCUGAUAAGGGUGUCUGCAUGAUUGACGAGUUUGACAAGAUGAAUGACCAGGACCGGACCAGUAUCCACGAGGCCAUGGAGCAGCAGACUAUCUCUGUCUCCAAGGCCGGCAUCGUCACCUCCCUCCAGGCCCGCUGCUCCAUCAUCGCCGCCGCUAACCCUAUCGGAGGACGCUACGACCCCUCCAUGACCUUCGCCGAGAACGUUGAUCUGACUGAGCCAAUCUUGUCUCGUUUCGACAUCAUUUGUGUCGUCAGAGAUGUGGUCGACCCUGUUGAGGACGAGAACCUGGCGAGGUUUGUGGUCGGCAGUCACAUUCGUCACCACCCGUCUGCCCCGCCCACCGCUGGGGGAGGAGGCGAGAGUCCCGGUGGCCACGCCCACAAGGGUGGGGCGGAGCCAAUCGACCAAGAUCUCCUCAGGAAAUACAUCAUCUACUCCAAGGAAAAGGUUCAUCCAAAGCUGCAUCAGAUGGACCAGGACAAAGUUGCCAAGCUGUAUGCCAACCUCAGGAAGGAAUCAAUGAGGACUGGGAGUAUUCCGAUCACAGUUCGCCACAUUGAGUCAAUCAUCCGCGUCGCGGAGGCCCACGCCCGCAUGCACCUGCGAGAGUACGUGCACAGUGACGACGUUGACAUGGCCAUCAGAGUCAUGCUGGAGAGCUUCAUUGACACCCAGAAGUACUCUGUCAUGAGAAACAUGAGAAAGGCUUUUGCGAGUUACUUGGCGUACAAGAAGGACAACAACGAGCUUCUGCUGUUCAUUCUGAAGCAGUUGGCCGGAGACCACCUCACUUUCAACAGGAACCGCUACGGAGGAGACCUCGACAUCGUGGAGGUCCCCGAGCAAGAGUUUGUGGAAAAGGCUCGGCAGAUCAGUAUCCACAGUCUGGCUCCGUUCUACGAGAGCGAACUGUUCAAACAGCACAAAUUCAUCUACGACAGGAAGAGGAAGAGGAUCAUACAGCAACUCUGAAACCAUGAACUACUGUACUUUAGAUUCGAUUAUCAUACCGGUGUUGUUUUUGCGCAUGCGCU